AUGGCUGACAGACGGGCAGAAGACGCUACCAUGCUUCUUCACCUAGGGCUGCCGCCGAUCCAAGGAGACGAGCCCUACCUUUACGAAUGCCUAGCCGCGACGUUCCGGCAAAAAUACCCUAAUGACAAAAUCACGACCUACCUCUGUAUACCAAGUCGCAAUGACCCGGCAUUGCCAACCCUUGAGCGACUUCUCGCAAACUUUCCUUCCCACAACGCGAUCAUCACAAUCGAAGAUGAGGAUUCAAGACUCUCAGGCCGCAAUGGUAACGCCAACAACCUUGGGCCUAACCCCAAAAUACGCAACAUGAGUCGCGCGUACAGAGAAGGAGAAGGCGACAUCGUCUGGAUCAUAGACUGCAACGUCUGGGUCGGCCCAGACGUCGCCAGUCGAAUGGUUGACCUCCUCUGCGGCUACGCCCCCUCCACCCCCAACGAUUCAAACCCCCAACCACGAAAAUACAAAUUCGUCCACCAACUCCCUCUCGUCAUCGACACCCCAACACAUUCCACAACACAAGCCGAGCUUCCGACCCUUACUAACCUCGGUGGCCUCCUCGAAGAAACCUUCUUAAGCACCUCUCACGCAAAAUUCUAUACCGCGAUAAACACCGUCGCCAUCGCACCCUGCAUCGUAGGGAAAAGCAACAUGUUCCGACGCUCGCACCUCAACGCCUUAACCUCCAGCCCCUCCGCCGCGAAAACCACAACAGCCAGUGUGCCUCAAGCUCAGCUCGCACAACUGGGGAUCGACUACUUCUCCUCGAACAUCUGCGAAGACCACCUCAUCGGCGACUUACUCUGGAAGAAUCCGGUCCCGGAUUCCGUGCUCGCGUACGUCGCGGAGGCAGAAGAUGAGGGCCGGGAACGAAUGGGCGGGAAUUGGGGAAACCAUGUGCUGCUGCCGCCGCAUCCGACGAAUAUAGCUGUGCAGCCGACGGCGGGACAGAUGAGUUUGCAGUCGUACCUUUCGCGGCGGGUGCGAUGGCUGAGGGUGAGGAAGUUUACGGUCACGCUUGCUACGCUGGUGGAGCCUGGAACUGAGAGCGUUUUGUGCUCGCUGUAUGGGGCUUAUGGUUUCACUAGCCUUGGUUAUCUCCGCGAUAGGGGUGUGCCGCACACGUGGUCUGCAUUCUGGCUGUUCUGGGUUAUCAGUAUGGGGGCAUGGUGUGCGAUCGACUGGUGGGUGUAUGGGAUGCUGCAAUCUGUAUCGUCGAGGGAGGGCGAGAGGGCGCCGUUCGCAGAUGUAAUUGGGGGAAAGAGAAAGUUGAGAUGGUCUAUCGGAUGGUUGGGGAGGGAAGUUUUGGCGUUCCCAAUCUGGGCGUGGGCUUUCUUUGGAGGGGUAAGUGUUGUGUGGAGGGGACGGAGAUUCAGGGUCGGUGUUGAUAUGAGAGUGAGAGAAAUUGUUGAGGGAGAAAAAGAUGUUUCGUUGGAGGAGAAGGGAAAGAGCAAAGUUUUAUGA